AGCCGCACUUUGACGGACCGUGUUUUGGUGUUUUAUCUUGAGACUGGAAUGGCUCAAGGGGCGGAGGGCAUGGAUAGCGAGAGGGAGGGAGAGGAUCGGAUUACACAGUAUACAACAACUGCGAUAGACCGGUAGACUCUCGCUGUGUAAUGUAGACGGAAAACUGGGUGGCAGUGCCGAUAGGACAAGCCCUGUUUUCUGUGUUUUGGGAAGCACAGAUUCACCGGUGUAGGGCACGAUCAAGUUUAUCUCAUGGUGGGGACUGUAGUCCUUUCAGCCGCUGAGCUACGUGUUUGUGUUUAGUAGUAGUUUCCUUUGGGACACGCUGAAGUACAGGCAGGAUGAUCCCGGUCACAGAGUUCAAGCAGUUCACAGACCAGCAGCCUGCGUUCCGUGUCCUCAAGCCGUGGUGGGACGUCUUCACGGAGUACAUCUGCGUCUCCAUGCUCAUGAUCGGAGUGUUCGGAUGCACCCUGCAGGUGACACAAGACAAGAUCAUCUGUCUCCCUAGCCAUGUCUCUGAUCCUUCUCGGGGAGAGAUCGACUGCCAGCAGUUCAAAGACAGAAGCCAAAAUGCCAGCGCUAGCGUCCGAUCCCUGUCCCCCUUGCCCAGCCCCUCGUCAGCUCCUCCUCACCCUGGAGCGGGACCACAGGAGGGACCUCGUGAAAUGAGCGGGCUGAAGAACAACCUGGACAUCCAGCAGUACAGCUUCAUUAACCAGGUCUGCUAUGAGCAGGCCCUGCACUGGUAUGCCAAGUACUUUCCCUACCUGGUCGUCAUCCACACGCUCAUCUUCAUGAUCUGCAGCAGCUUUUGGUUCAAGUUCCCCGGCACGAGCUCCAAACUGGAGCAUUUCAUCUCCAUCCUAGGAAAGUGCUUCGAUUCCCCCUGGACCACGAGGGCCAUCAGCGAGGUGUCUGGGGAGGCUCAGGAGGAUCAGAACGGGUGGGAGAAGAUGAAGGAUCUGGCCACCCUUUCCAAGUCCAGGUUGAAUGUCUCCAACGUAGAUGCGUCCCCUGCUGGUGAUGACACCGCCAGCUUGGUGCAUUCGCCCUCGGUCAGGUCCAUCCCGGAUAAAAUGGUAGCGGACAAACCGAACGUCUCUCUCAUGGACAAGAAGGAAGGAGAGCAGACCAAGGCGCUCUUCGAGAAGGUCAAGAAGUUCAGGCUUCACGUGGAGGAAGGGGACAUUCUCUACACCAUGUACGUGCGUCAGACGGUGCUCAAGGUUUUCAAGUUUGUGCUGAUCAUCGUCUACAACGCUGCUCUGGUCCCCAACAUCCACAUCAUAGUGCCCUGCACCUUGGCCGUGGAGGAUAUGACUGGCUACGACAGCUUCUGCUGCAACCACACCAAAGCGCACCUCUUCUCCAAGCUGGCUAUCUGCUACAUCUGUUUUGUAGGGGUCUACGGCAUGGUGUGCCUUUACACUUUGUACUGGCUGUUCUACAGACCCCUGAAGGAGUAUUCCUUCGAGUACGUGCGGCAGGAGACCGGGAUUAAUGACAUACCGGACGUGAAGAACGACUUUGCCUUCAUGCUCCACCUGAUCGACCAGUACGACUCCCUGUACUCCAAGCGCUUUGCCGUCUUCCUCUCGGAGGUCAGCGAGAGCAAGCUGCGUCAGCUCAACUUGAACCAUGAGUGGACGGUGGACAAGCUGAGGGAGAAGCUGCAAAAGAACAGCCAGAAUCGCUUGGAGAUGCACCUUUUCAUGCUUUCGGGUCUCCCGGACACGGUCUUCGAGGUGACAGAAGUCGAAUCGCUAAAGCUGGAGCUCCUAAACGACGUCACCAUCCCUCCCAUGGUGUCCCAGCUGGCGUGUUUGGAGGAGCUCACCCUGCUAAACUGUCCCGUCCGACUCCAGCUGCCGGCUUUGACCUACCUGCGGAACCAUCUGAAGGUCUUGAGGAUAAAAUUUGACGACAUGCGCCAGGUUCCCCUGUGGAUGUACACCUUGCGCAGCUUGGAGGAGCUGCAUCUGGUGGGCCCCCUGACCCAGGAUCUCUCCAGGAACGUCUCGCUGGACACCUUGAGGGAGCUGAGGAACCUCAAGAUCCUGACCCUCGCCAAGAGCAACUUGAGCAAGGUGCCGCAGAGCGUGGUAGACCUGGCUGGCCACCUCCACAGACUCUGCAUCUACAACGACGGCACCAAGCUCCUCACACUCAACAACCUGAAGAAGCUCUUCAACCUGGCACAGCUGGAGCUGGUCCACUGCGACCUGCAGCGGAUCCCCCAUGCCGUCUUCAGCCUGACCAACCUCCAGGAGCUGGACCUCAAGGAGAACCAUCUCACGUCCAUCGAGGAAAUCCUGAGCUUCCAGCACUGCCGCCGGCUCACCUGCCUCAAGCUGUGGCACAACAGCAUCGCCUCCAUUCCCGAGCACAUCAAGAAGCUGAAGUCCUUAGAGAGGCUCUACCUGAGCAGGAACCGGAUCGAAACCCUCCCGCCCCAGCUCUUCCUCUGCACCCGGCUGCGCCACCUGGACCUGUCCCACAACCACAUCCGCAGCAUCCCACCAGAGGUGGGCGUCCUGCAGAACCUCCAGUACUUUUCUGCUUCCGGAAACUCCCUCGAUUCUCUACCCGACGAGCUGUUCUUCUGCAAGAAGCUCAGGACCCUCAAGCUGGGCCAGAACAACCUCACGGCUCUCUCGCCCAAAGUGGGCAACCUGACCCAGCUCACGAAGCUGGACCUGAAGGAGAACCACUUGGAAGUGCUGCCACUGGAGAUCAGUGAUUGUAGCUCUUUGAGACUCAGCGGGCUCCUAGUGGAAGACAACCUUUUUGAUCUCUUGCCCACUGAGAUACAGCAGCAGUUAAAGGAUGAAUAGGUGCAAGGUGUCCUGCAACGUACGCAGAGCUAUGAAAUCUUUGUGAUUAGCCACAACAUUUCUGUAUUCAGAACAUUCCUGUUUGAUUUACUGGCAACAGUGGCAAGCUGGCUUUCAAAGAAGGAGAAUGUUGUUGUUGUUGUUGUUGUUGAUGGAUAUAAGAAACUUUGAACAAACUAAGUUUGGAGAUUUUCUUCAUGAAGUAGAUUUCACAGAAGGAUGAACCAUGGAAGUAAAACUGUAGAGAGCAAUAUCCCAGGGAAUCAUGCACAAGAAACUACAGCCGUUAAUAAUAAUAAUAAUAAUAAUAAUAAUAAUAAUAUUAUUGAUAAUUAUAAUAUUUUUAUUAAUUCAAUCAGUGCCCUUGACAGUUGUCCCAGUGGUGCUAACCACGUCUAUUCUCAAUUUUACAGUUAUCUACUUCUAUACAAAAUCUGUAGCUCAACCUUGUUCAUUAAUCUAGUACAAUUCAGGCUAAUGGUUCACUAUCAAGUCAGAUUUCUUUCAAAUGUACCAUGAUUGCAAUACCCUGAACCUAUUUAAAUUAAUUACUAUAUCUGUUUAAUGUUAGCUCUAGUAUUUAUGUGCAUAACGCAUUAAGCUAUUUUUUUUUAAUUCUUAUUAUUCUAGUCUAGCAGCACCCCCUAGUGUUUGUAAAGUGAAUAGGCACCACCAAUAUAUUUAGUACAGGCAUGUGUGCAUUCUGUCAAUACCAGGGACAAAAGUGGAGAAAAUGAAUCGAUUGGGGUUUGUGUAUGUAGCCUUGCAUUGACAACAGGAAUUCAUAAAUAUGCAUAAUGACUGUAGAACUUUUUGAAUACUGGAAUAUGUCUUGGUAUAUAUUUAUUUUAUUUUUAUUUUAUUUUUAAAGGUAGAUGAUGAGAACCAAGCAUUUUAAAGUGGUGAUCUUUUUCACAGCAUUUUAAUACAGAACAUUUUGUUGUUUGUGUGAAACUACCACCAACAAUCACACCAACUUAAAAAUGAACCAGUGGAACUAGCAUAAGAAGCCCUGCUUUAAAGGAACUUCUUCAGGAGUCUUACCAUGUAAAAGGAGUUCAAUAAAAUACCAUAUGAUCUCAAUCCAGACCUCCACAUUAGAAAGGGUUAAGAUUUUAAAAUACGUAUAGUCACAUACUAUUCACCUCUUUUU